AUUACAUAGCAAAAUUUGGAAGAAUGUCAGAAAGUUCUGCAAGAGCUAAAUUUUGGCAGAUUUUGUCGGCGGUAGAAUAUUGCCACAAGAAGAACAUUGUACAUAGAGAUUUAAAGGCUGAAAACCUUCUACUUGAUAUUAAUAUGAAUAUAAAAAUUGCGGACUUCGGAUUUUCGAACCAUUUUAAAAUUGGAGAGUUAUUAGCAACUUGGUGUGGUUCCCCUCCGUAUGCAGCGCCUGAAGUUUUUGAAGGAAAACAGUACACUGGACCAGAAAUCGACAUAUGGUCCCUAGGUGUGGUUCUUUAUGUACUUGUUUGUGGAGCGCUGCCGUUCGAUGGAUCUACUUUACAGAGCCUAAGAGAUCGGGUACUUUCAGGAAGAUUUAGAAUCCCCUUUUUUAUGUCUUCGGAGUGUGAACAUUUGAUUCGCAGAAUGCUAGUUCUAGAUCCCCCUCGGCGAUACACAAUCGAACAAAUAAAAAAUCAUCGCUGGGUUUGUGGAGAGGCCCGAGAUGUUGGCGGCAUGAUACAAUCCAAUGCAAAUAUGGACGGAACGUCCAGCAUAGAACCAAAUGAGGACAUACUAAGGAUCAUGUCAGAAUUUGCUGGUAUUCCCCCAGAUAAGACUAAAACAAGUUUAAAAAAGAACAGCUAUGAUCACGUUGCAGCGAUAUAUUUGUUGCUUCAAGAUCGCGUUAAUAGUAAGAAAAAUUUUCAAGAAUACUCAAAACGCCUAACUGAUAAUACACUGCCAAGGGUUACAUCAAUUAAUCCCGUUGGAUAUCAUGGAUCUUCAAAGUUACUACAUAAAUCCAGACCUACAAUAGACAAACAACGAGUCAAGGAAACUUAUACUUCGCCUAAAGAAAAGACAAUAUCACCACUGCCAAGUUUAGAUGAGGUUAAAUUUGGUAGCUUUCCAACAAAGUUUUCGCAAAAAAUCCUUACCGAUUGUGAUAAUCCGGAAGUCCAAGAUAAGAGUAAGAACUUUAGUUCAACGACACUCAGAAGUUAUGAGCAUAAAGAAGCGCAAAUAAGCCAAUUAGUAAAAGGACGACCAGUGCCUACCAAGAUGUCUCGGUUAAGUGAGCACAAUAUAAGUUCAAGUCAGCAUCCGAUGGCACCGUCAUAUUGCACAGACAAUAAUUUAUCGAACGUAACUGAAUAUAGCCGUAAGGAGAGCGCAUCUUUAGACAAGUCUUCAAUUAGUUUGUUAGCUGUUACAAAUGCCACCUGCGAAAGUUCAUCCCAUCCGCUACAUCAGAAUCUCAGAGAAUGUAUAAUUAAACAAAGCACAGAGGAUUGCCGCCUGCUUUUACAACAA